GCGCUGCCGGUCCCGUCCCCGCCGCGCCGCGCCGCGCCGGCCGCGAAGUUGUCGGGACGCUAAGAGCUUCAGGAGUGUAAGGGGAAUUACUUGCUAAACUCUGCCUCCUCUGUUAUUUAUGUCCAAGCAUGAGCCACUAAAAAGCAAGAACACUUGGUGUGGUGGUUGAACAAAAAAACUUCGACCUGACUCUACUCUACAGAAAAUGAUUUAUGAGGAAUCAAAGAUGAACUUGGAGCAGGAGAGGCCUUUUGUCUGCAGUGCCCCAGGCUGCUCACAGCGUUUUCCAACAGAGGAUCAUCUGAUGAUUCACAGGCACAAACAUGAAAUGACUUUGAAGUUUCCUUCAAUAAAAACAGAUAAUAUGUUAUCAGAUCAGACUCCUACACCAACACGCUUCCUGAAGAACUGUGAGGAAGUUGGCCUCUUCAAUGACAUCGAUUGCUCCCUAGAGCACGAGUUUAGGAAGGCCCAGGAAGAGGAGAACAACAAAAGGAAUAUCUCCAUGCAUAACACAGUUGGAGGAGCAAUGGGAGGACCUGGAUCUCACCAGCUGACAAAUACAAGGAUGCCAAACCACGACACCAGCGUUGUGAUUCAACAAGCCAUGCCAUCUCCACAGUCCAGUUCGGUCAUUACGCAAGCACCUUCCACAAAUCGACAGAUUGGGCCUGUCCCAGGUUCUCUGUCUUCACUACUGCACCUACACAACCGACAAAGACAGCCUAUGCCUGCCUCUAUGCCUGGCACCCUGCCCAACCCCACCAUGCCUGGAUCUUCUGCUGUACUCAUGCCUAUGGAGCGACAAAUGUCAAUGAACUCCAACAUCAUGGGGAUGCAGGGGCCGAACCUCAGUAAUCCGUGUGCUUCACCUCAAGUACCCCCAAUGCAUUCAGAAGCCAAAAUGAGACUGAAGGCAGCACUGACUCAUCAUCCUGCCGCCAUGUCGAACGGGAAUAUGAACACCAUGGGCCACAUGAUGGAAAUGAUGAGCUCGCGGCAGGACCAGACGCCCCACCAUCAUAUGCACUCACAUCCUCAUCAGCACCAGACGCUGCCACCUCAUCACUCAUACCCGCAUCAGCACCAGCACCCAGCGCACCACCCUCAUCCUCAGCCUCAUCACCAGCAGAACCAUCCCCACCACCACUCCCACUCGCACCUUCACGCGCACCCGGCACAUCACCAGACAUCGCCACACCCCCCGCUGCACUCGGGCGGACAAGCACAGGUUUCGCCAGCAGCACAGCAGAUGCAGCCCACGCAGACGAUACAGCCGCCACAGCCGACUGGAGGUCGCCGGAGGAGAGUGGUGGACGAAGACCCGGAUGAGAGGAGGCGGAAAUUUCUGGAAAGGAACCGAGCCGCCGCCACGCGCUGCAGACAGAAGAGGAAGGUCUGGGUGAUGUCACUGGAAAAGAAAGCAGAAGAGCUCACCCAGACAAACAUGCAGCUUCAGAACGAGGUUUCCAUGCUGAAAAAUGAGGUAGCACAGCUGAAACAGUUAUUGUUAACACAUAAAGACUGUCCGAUAACAGCUAUGCAGAAAGAAUCGCAAGGAUAUCUAAGUCCCGAGAGCAGCCCUCCUGCGAGCCCGGUCCCAGCUUGCUCCCAGCAGCAAGUCAUCCAGCAUAACACCAUCACGACCUCCUCCUCCGUCAGUGACGUCGUGGGAAGCUCCACUCUCACCCAGCUCGCCAGCCACAGAACAGACAUCAACCCCAUCCUUUAAAAGUGGUUGAUCAGAAACUGCAAGGGGAGUGUGGUAGCGUAUCAAAGCGUCCUCUGUGCUAAGGACAGUUGCAACUGUAACUCAAGCCUGGAAGAUUCCUCAGUUCUUGAAAGACUCUGGCUUUCAUUUUUAUAGUUAUUAAAAUGUCUUUUAUACUUAGUUACAUAAAAGGGAGUUAUGCAAUUAAUAUGCUAUCAGCUUGAGAAAUGCUUUGGUGCUUUCUCCAGUUUUUUUGGUACCAGUUACUUGUUUAUAAACCUAACUGUUUCUGUACAUAGUCACGCUUCCUUUUCACCAAUCUAGCCUGAAGCUCAGAAAUACGGAGUUGUGUUAAACUGCAGCUUGUUAGCCAGUGUGAGGCAUGAAAAGUAUUAAACAGAGUCAUAUGUAGGUAACUAGGAGUAAUUAGACUAUAAAUAUAGAGAGAGGGCAUCUGCUGACAGCAUAAUAAAAAAUGAGUUAGCGUUGUGCUAUCAGCUGACCCUGUCUUGCAUUCAGAGCCUCUUUCAAAGCAGUUACAUAGGAUGUGGCUGUCAGGACAAAACCAAGCCCAAAUAACGUGCUCCUUUGUCUAGCCCUCCCCCUUCUCCUCUCCUACCCUGCCCUUGUUCUCCUCCAGUUAUUCUUACACCCUCCUUUCCCCUUCCUAGACCCUUUUCAUCCCUCAGCUUUUUUUCUUCCUGCUUUUUUCAUUCCAAGGCUUUCUCACUGCACUCUCUUUUUCUCAAAGAAUGGUGAUGAACAAGCAAAAACUUCAAGCCCACCUAAAAACUGUCAGCACGGCUGCUGCUUUCACUAGCUCUUCACCCACAGCUGAGCUGCAUCCAGCAUUUGGCUUUUAAAAAACAAAUGCUCCUGAUUUAGUGUUUUUAAUAACCAGCGAAAGGCGAGAGCAGGGCAGCGCCAGGUGAAGUGGGAUUGAGAGCCAGCUGUGUUGAUCCUAACAGCCCUGUAAGCUACUAUGGCAUGGUACAGACUUAGGGAGCAACACCAGAGAAUCACAGCAAGUCUUUUGCACUGCCAGUCAUUAACAUAGAAAAAUCCAUAGAGUAUAUAAUAAUUCGGAAAAGUUCUAUGCCCUAACCCGAUUACAUUGUUCUAGCACUGAAAACUGACAGCCUCAGGUUUCAUGGCUAUAAAUGAGAAAUAAAUCAGGUUCUGACCAGUUGGGAAAAGGCCGUUUUGAAUUCCCAGGGCAAAACCUGCUCUCUGGAGGUGUUCCUUUAAGCACCCGCAGAGCGAUCCUGAGCUGGCAGGCAGCAGUGUGGCCUCACUGACUGAAAUGGCACUUAACACCCGCAUACUGCGGGUAAGGAACGGUCUCGUUAGGACGCUAAAUAAUGUUCAGAAGGCGUGCAGCUGCUGGAAAGUGCUGCAAGAAUGGCAAAGCCCACUGCACUCUGGAUAAAACUCAGUCCUGCAAAGAGGGUCUGGAAUAGAGCCUUAUGCCACAAUUCAAGUUUUUAUUUGGGCUCUGGGCCUGCCGCUCAGCGCCAGUGAUUUGCAUCCCACAGUGGUACCAGUGAUUGAUGGGAAAAUCAGACAGAGCUGAUGCCAGUUAAUUACGCUGCCUUGCCAUAUAUUGGAACCUGAUUUUGCUCUCAAAUCUGUCAGUGACAAAACCUCCUGCUGCUUACCCAGGAAGCAGACUCUGAGCUGGUGAUAAAUGUUAAAACAUUUUGAGCUGCAGCUUUAAUAGCAAAAGCUAAUUCACGUUAUUCCCAGCAAAUUCUCUAGCCCUGAACAGACUUUGUUCUGAAGCUAAGUUCUCCUUAUCAAAGGCUGUUUCUUUGGGUUUCAGAGGAGUUGUGAAGUCUAUAAGGGUGACUCUUCUCUGUGCGGGAGGGAGAGUGAAACAACUGAAGCAUGAGGCAAUGUAAGGAGUAGGGACUGCCUAGAAGGGAAAGCAAAAUUCUGGGGAUCAUUCAUUUCUGAAUUAGUUCUUCUCUUGGUAACUAACUUUUUAUCAGUAUUCUUUAGCAGCUUGCUUUCCAUUUAUGCAAGUGCAUUCAAGAGAAGAUUUUUUUUAAUGUACAGUGUAAAUCUUGACUUGAUUAUAUAGUCUAAGAACCAAAAAAAAUUACGAAAAAAUACAAAUGUAAAGGAUUUUCUAUUAUAUUUUAGACAAACAUAUACUUUUAAAGUGUUUUAAAUACUGAAUCUAUAAUUUUUUUUAACCUCCACUUGUAAUAGCUAAAUGGUUUUGCUUCAUCAUGGCUCCCAAGGGAACUUUUUUUAAGUAUGCAGUCGAGCAAAAUGUUCCAGCUGAGUAUCCACUAUGUUAAAAAAAAACAACAAAUAAGCAUUUCCCUUGUGUCUGAAUGUCAUCAUUCACCUUGAAAAAAGAAAAUGCCAUCACAGGGUUAAUUUUUUAAAACUUUUCCUCUGUAUGGAUAGCACUUAAAUACAUUAAAAAAUAAAAAUCAAAGUUAUUGGUAAUAUUAGAAUACCCAGUUGAGCUACACUACACUAGAAUUACAAUUUAGCUUCAUUUUAUUCAGUCUCCUCAAUUAAAAUAUUUAGCUUUUAAACUGAAAGCGUCUACAUUAAAAAGAAAAAAAAAAAAGUAAAAAAAUACAAAAACCUUGCCUAAGUUUUGUUAAAUUCAGCAACUUGACAGUUUGACUGAUGUGUAUUAUAUAUAGCUCAAUUAUUUCUUUUUUUAAUGCUAACUAGGCAAGCCAACCACACAUGUUGGCCUAAAUGUGUAAUUACAAUGAAAUGUCUCCUCUCUAUACUAUUGGCCUUUAGGUAUAAUCCUUGCUGGUGAUGUGGAAAUAAGUAAAGGAUGAAAAGCUAUUCGCUAGUGCUUUUUGUAACUCUGUCACAGGUUCACAGGCCAAGACAAAACGCAGCAUAUUUAUGUCGGCGACAUCAUCGGUAAAAGGACCAACCGUACCAGGCACCUUAUAUUAUUCAUCAGAUUUGCUUCCACAUGAAAAUGCUCUUCUUUUCCAGGGGAGUGAUCCUGCAGCCUUUCCUCAAGCUGCCGAUCUGGCCGGGCACCGGAGGCUGCCUGAGCAAGGGCUGCGGGAGAAGCCCCUGCCCCUCUGUCCCUGGGAUGUUCCUCUGCCGCACGGUCAGUGGCAGCAGCCUCUUCCUAAGCGUGUCACUCUAAAUGCACUUCCUGGGCUCUUUCCAUAGAGGAGAAAUCCUGCUUUUCCACCACCAGCUACUACUGGAGGCUGCUCUGCUUUCCUCCUGCCCUGCAAAUCCAGACUGUUGCCAGGCUCCGUGUCCCAUCCCACUGCCAGGAGAUGACCCAGAGCGCUUCCCUCGGCUGGCACCUCGCUCAGGAGGAGGUAUUUCCUAUGUGGACGGCAUCUCUCAUUGCAUGACAUCGGAUGCACUUUGGAAACCUCAGCCUCGGACAACUGCAAUACUUUGACCAGAAAGAAAUUAUGCUGUGAUCCGGUUCCUUCACCCCCCCCAUCCCCAUCCCUUCCCUGAGUCAAUUUAUGCAAGCCAUAUUCAUAAAGCUGCCUGUGGGAGACAAGUAGUUUGUGUGCUAUCAUGGUGUGUUUUAUAAGGACGACGAUGAUGAUGAUGAUGAUGAUGAUUUACAGAGAAUUUCACGCUGUUGGGAAUUAAUUCUUGCUACGAAGCUAAAUGUCUGCUGCCCAUCUUCUGAAUAGUGGAAAGUCAAUGGUUCGGUGCCUCAGUGCGUGUGAAUGUCGUGUGUUAACUGACUCUGUCCUGUUAACUAACAAGCCAGCUAUAACUGUUGUUAAAUGCCCAACUUUUGAGGAUUCAUAUUUUUUUAAGCAACAAUAUUUAGUGUUGAAAAUUAGCCUUUUAGUUUAGGCAAAAUGUGCUUUCUAGCAGCUAAUACCUUUUUUUAAAAAAAAAAAAGCGUAUAGAGUGAAUUUAUGAAAAUUCAUGAGGACCAAAGCAAUUUUAAAACAGGAAUCUAUUAAUUUAGUAUUCACAUAGAAUUUUAUAAAGUAUUUAUUAAUAAAUGUUAUUUUAACACAUUCCAUUUGAACAGUAUUCUUGUACAGAAUCUGUUUGGGGUUUUUUAAGUUACAAUAUUAGUUUUGAAAUAAACUACUCUAGGUGUGUGUGUAUCUUAGUCUUUCAGGGUCUCAAGCAGAAGUCAUCCAUCUAAGAUGGAAAAGCUUGCUGAGGUCAGUUGUACAGAAAUUCCUAGAAUUAAAUAUUUUCCUUAAAGCAGCAUCUGCUUUUUUUUUGCCUUUUUUUUUUUUUUUCUUUCUGUUUUUGGUAACAACAAAGCAAAUUAUGAACCUUCGGUUGUUUCCUUUGUAUUGGAAAAUGUGCUCUCUUGUUUUAGAAAGCAUGGGUCAACAUAUAACUGGAAAGCCUGUAUUUUUUUUUCUCCUUUUUUUUUUUAAGGCUGAUUAUAUACUUCACCAUGGAAGAUCUAACCCCAUCCUUGUUUCUUCUCUAAUGUCACAUAGUGAGUUGCACUAUACUGCCUUAUCAUUGCCUCUUCUGUCCUCUUACUAAGCAGUGUUCCUUAGAUUUAGACCAUUGAAACUCCAUUAUACAUCAGAGAAAAUUACUGGAGGGGGAAGAAGAGAAACAGAUUGAUCUGUAGAUGUAAAAACUAAACUGUGCCUAUAAAACAAAACCAGUUACAACUAAUUAGUAUCUUAUUUCUACAUUUCAAUUAUUUAUAUUAUUUUAAAAUUGCACUUUAGCUCUCACUCUCUUUCUUGCUCUCCCUUGUUGAAUCAUUUAUAAAUGCUCUUGUAAAUUGUUUGCACCAGAUACAUUUAUAUGCUUUCACUGGUGGCAUAUCUACAACUUGUCUCUCACACCUGCCCAAGUGGAGAAGCUGAGAACAGCCAGUUUGCAGAGUGACUUAAGACUUUACAUCCUCUUCAUGACAGCAUAUAAAUGUUUUAUUAUGCAAAGUGUGUGAGGCAGCAUCUAAGCUACAUUUAUAAUCUCUCAUCCCGAGAACCAAAGUGUCCUGAAUAUCAUAAGGUCAGGAGACUGGCUCUGUUGUGCACUGUCGUGCACUUUGACUGUUGUUCAACUCAUGGUAGCUGCGAAGCUGCAGUGAUAACAGUGGCCAUACUAUGUAUUAGAGUUCUGAAUCAAUAAAAUAUGUUGCCUUAUAACUUGACUAGAGACAGCACCUUUAAAAAAAAAUAAAAAUAAAAAUAAAUCAUAAGAAAAGAGACUAAAAACUUCUAAGGACAAAAAAAGCAAUAAAAUCUCAAGUGAUUUGAACACACACACACAAAAUGCUCCGUUUUUCAUCAUCUGAAAUAAUUAUCUUGCCACAAAGACAAAAGAGGCUGUUUACAUCCAUAACCUCAGAGCUUACAGUUAUCUCAGUUUGAUCAGUGGCUUUACGCUUAAAAGCUAAAUUGCUUACCAUUAUUGGUUUUCCAUAGCUUUCAAAAUUACUUUAUAGCAAAUCCUAAACUGCAUGAGGCCAAAAAUGUCAGUGUUCACACACACUCACCAACAAUAUUGAUUUUCUAAGUGGAAAUCUGAUCCUUUCCCAGGCCCUCCUUGGACUGGAAUCAAUAAUUGCAACUCGCUAUAUUUAGACCAACGUGUAAUACCUGGGAUACAGGAUCUCCAGUUCUAUAUUUAUGCAAAAUAAAUGUUAGUGAUGUUGAGUUUCACUUGGUGGAACUGUUCCUGAAGCCCAUAGUAAGAGCAUGCUGGCUGAUGCCAUGAGACUCUUAGACCUAAAUCUUUUUCUUAACUAAAAAUCUGUGCAACAGCCUUCUGAAUGAAGACUGAAAGCUCCUUCUGGCUUUGCAGAAACUGCAGCAGCGUCAGGAAGCGAAGGAGGUGGGAGGGCUGAUAGGGCAUUUCAAGAGAAAUGUUUUCCUUGCUGGAAUUUAGGAAAUUCCAGAGAAACUUUUUCCCCACCCCUCAGAGCUGAGAUUGCAAAGAGAUCCCUGUCAGAAACAACUUUUACCAUGCUUGCACAAAAGAACCUAUUUUGCACGAAAGGUGUAUUCAGCCUUCUGAAUAACUGCCACUGAGAGUUUUGCCAAGGACUUCAUCAUUGAGACCCAAGUGUUUCCCAGCCCAUGGCCAUGAGCUCUGCACCUCUGUCUGUAAGAGCUCCAUUCAAACACUGGGUAGCACUAGUCAUUGAUCGUUGCUUCUUCGAACCUGUUGUCAUUGUCCUGGUUUUACGGAACUUUUAGCACUGCUUGGAGUAAGCCUAAACUAUCGAAGUUUAUAUAUAAAUAUAUAUAUAUUAUAUUAAAAAAAGGUGCUGUCACAGUAAGUUUUGGGCUUGAGGUUGUUUGUAUUGUAUGCAAAGGUUUUGUGUUUGUUUGUCUGUUUGUUUUAUUCUGUAAAGCAACCACCUUCCUUACUGGAGGGAGAUAAUUUUGGUUUUUGUUUGUUGGGGUUUUUUUUGGUACAUAAGUGUAAAUACUUGCUGCAGCAUUUAAUAUGUUUAAUUUUAUGUUAAGCUUUUUGUUGCAUUGUGAACCCGUUAUUGUUACAAAUGGACAAUGAGUUCAUUAAGACUGUUCAACUAGGUCAGAUUUUUACAUCUCUUUCUAGCUAGAAGAGACAGGAAUUUUGUGCAUUUGUACAAAUGUUAAUAAUAUCACUGCAAUUCCAAUAUAAUAAAGCACUC